GGGUGAACACGAAUGGCACAAUUCGUCGACUCAGAGGCAAGAAUGAUGUACUCGUCCAAGAUGAUUUUGUUGGCGGUGGUGCUGGCCUUGUUAGGUGUCGCUCACGGAGAUGGGCAGCAUCGUGACAACACAGCUCGAGCUGCUGCUCGAGCUGCUGCCGGAAGCAAUAAAGCUGUAACCGAAGACGCUGCGUAUUGGAAUCAACUUGGCCAGCAACUACUUCUCGACGAGCUGGGCAAACAGCGCAUCAACAGCCAGGCUAAAAACAUCAUCUUCUUUCUCGGCGAUGGUAUGUCAAUUUCGACCGUGACGGCCGCACGAAUCUACAAGGGACAAAAGGCCGGCAAGACGGGCGAAGAGGAACAGCUCACGUUCGACCGCUUCCCUUACACCGCACUCUCCAGAACUUACUGUACGGAUGCCCAAGUUGCUGACUCGGCUUGCACGGCCACCGCUUACUUGACCGGCGUCAAGACGGACACGGACACGAUAGGAAUCGACGCCAAUGUCGAAUUCAAUAACUGCACGACACAACUCGAUCCCGCUUUGCAUGUUGACUCAGUCAUGGCCUGGGCCCAGGCUGCCAACAAAGCCACUGGUAUCGUGACGACGACACGAAUCACUCACGCCACACCAGCUGGCACCUACGCUCACGUUGCCAACCGUGACUGGGAGGAUGACUACGCUCAGUCAUUCGACGGUGUCGACUCGGCCAUUUGUGAUGACAUCGCCGAACAGCUCGUCCUCAGCAGCCCGGGCAAAAAUUUCAAAGUCAUUUUGGGAGGUGGUCGGGCUUACUUCACUCCGAGGACGAUGACGGAUAUUGAGACGGGAGCGGCUGGCCGUCGCCGUGAUGGUCAAGAUCUGAUCGCCCAGUGGGUUUCCGAUCACCCCACUGGCAAAUACAUUACUUCCCGCGACGAAUUGGUCAAUUUAGAUGUGGCCGGAACUAACAGUGUUAUGGGUUUGUUCAGUCCAGCUCACAUGGAAUACUUCUUGGAAUCGAGCGCGGCCAAUAAUCCGACACUGGAAGAGAUGACUCGAACAGCCAUUCAGAUGUUGCAGAAAGACGCCAACGGUUACGUCCUUCUUGUCGAAGGUGGAAGAAUCGAUCAGGCCCAUCACGAUGGACGCGCUAAAUUAGCCCUCGAGGAGGCGUUCCAGUUCGAUCUGGCCGUUGCGGCUGCGCUGAAUCUGACGAACCCUGCCGACACUCUGAUCAUCGUCACGGCUGAUCAUUCUCACACUAUGACCAUCAACGGUUACCCCGUUCGUGGCAACGAUAUUCUAGGGUUGGUCGGAUAUUUGGCCGCUGAUCUUAAACCAUACUCGACGCUCAGUUACGCCAAUGGACCUGGUUCCAUUAACGGUUACGGUGUUGGAGGAUCGCGCGUUGAUUUGACCGACGUUGAUACCACCGCCGAUUCAUUCCUGCAACCUGCGCUGGUUCCUCUGUCAUCCGAAUCUCACGGUGGUGAUGACGUCGCUAUUUUCGCUCUCGGCCCACAGGCUCACCUCUUCCAGGGUGUCUACGAACAAAAUUACAUAGCCCACGUCAUGGGUUACGCCGCUUGCAUCGGCCCCGGAGUCAAAUUCUGCGACGUCCCCAGGAAAUCGUAUUAAUUUAAAUCUGUCGUCAUAACCGGAGUUGCAAAUGAACACUACCAUAUGAUGUAAACUACAUGUACUUAUGAAGAAAUAGAGAAUGCAAGAAAAUACCAA